AUGGUUAACUACAGUCCUCACGACAGCGGCAAAGAUGCGAACCGGGAGGAUAUCAUUUCCUACGGCGCAACUCCGUUGCUCGUCCAAGAUAGGCCUGUAUUUCGCUACCCCGAUACACCCCAGCCAACCUAUGGCUCUCCAUCGACUGUUAUCACAGACCACUCCCUACAACGCCAGCCCUCGCAUUACGAUACACACGAAUAUAGGCUCUCUCCAAUCCAGGGUAGCAGAAAGCGACGACGUAUCGAUAAUGAGCCUGAGGCCAGUGAAGGCACUGAUCAUAACUACGGGUACCGGCCUAUCUUGCAAAAUCUACCCCUACCCAUGGAUGACCCGUCGGCUCCAUCAGGCGGAUCGACCGACUUGACGUACGCUGAUCAUGUCGGCGCUUCAUCUUCUCGCCAGUCAUCGAACCAGGACUACCUCCAAAAUUCUCUCCCGCAACAACAUCACCAUCAUCGGCUACCACCCCAAGCAUUGGCAGCUACGGGUCAAGGCUCUGAAACCACGGGAUCAUACUUGCCGCAAGUCGACCGCAGUCACUUGACUGGUCCGGGCAUGCCUAAACCAUUUCCCGCGCCAAAAGCUCCAAAGACCAGAUUCGGCCCCGGGGAAGAUGCGCUGUUGAUAAAAGUAAAGGAGGAGUUACAGCUUUCCUGGAAUGAUAUUGCGUUCUUCUUUCCAGGGCGAAAAAAAGAAACAUUGCAAGUCCGUUACUGUACCAAGUUGAGGGAAAGGGUCGUGGUUUGGGAUGAUGAUUUGGAUCAGAAACUGAAAGCGGCGCUGAGGGAGUAUGAGUACAAUAAAUGGACGCACAUUUCCCGGAAGCUUGGGCCGGGUGUACAACCAGCGACGUGUCAGCGGAGAGCUGAAGAGCUUGGAUAA